GGCGCCGUUUUAUACCUCCUCCUUACGUGGAACUGGUCGGCAUCAACCUCACCUGUCUUGGAUGCGCAGUCAUCCUUAGCUGCUGAUUACAGUAAAUGGAAAGACAAUAGAGAGGUGGAGGUAUGUCCAUCAGUUGUCUUUAGAGCUGUCUCUUAUACACAUCUCCUCCUCCUUACGUGGAACUGGUCGGCAUCAACCUCACCUGUCUUGGAUGCGCAGUCAUCCUUAGCUGCUGAUUACAGUAAAUGGAAAGACAAUAGAGAGGUGGAGGAUCGCGCCACGGUGCUGGUGGACAUGGUCUUUCCCGAAGCCUCCUUGGAUGCCUCGAUUACAGCCUCUCCCUUUCCCUCUCCUCUUCCCACUCUGUGUAUGAUUGCUACUCGAAUGUGUGCCAUGGCGCUAUAGACAAGAUUGCUAUCUCUCUUCUCCUCCUAAGCGGCAGCUGCAGUUAUGCCGGAAGCUGCGGCUAUGGCGGAAUCGUCCCCGUAGUGUGAUCUGCAGCCGUCGUCUUCUUCUGUAUACUUCUGUGGACAAGACGAUGGGUUGGUGGUGCGGGUCCUCUGGAAGGGUCUCAAAUUUGGUGGCUCGAUCUGAACGGUUCAAAAAGGGGAUCAAUGGUAGCUGUAAGCUGAAGGCUGAUGUGGAUGUGGAAAGCAACUUAGGAGGAGCAAUCAAGCACUUUUUGCCACUCGGACACCCUUAUCGGCGGUGUAAUCGGUACAAUCUUGGCUUGUUUGCAGAGUGCCAGCGUACUCGUGCUCUUCCGUGCUGCGUGGACUCAGUUUCACGCUGCCUGCGGCGGAUGAUUACAACCAUUGAUUGGUGAUCUGCUUCCUCUGGGCAGUGGUUUAUGACUGCCAAGCUUCUUGUGCAGUCUCACAAUCCAUCUCCUCUUCCUCCUUCCUCCUCUUCCUCCUCCUCCUCCUCCUCGUCCUCCUCUUACAGAUACGGUUGCAGCUACCUCGAUACCGUGAUUUGAUGUAAUGGGAAGGGCAUCACAAGGUUGUCAACAGUAGCUGGCUGCAAUCCUUCCCCUUCAUCUCGGGUCCUUACCCUUGUUGAAAGAUCUGCAGGUUGUUGCGCUGCUUGGGGAAUCUUUUGGCUAUGGCUGGGGUCUUGAGCGACAUUCAUUCUGGACACUUCAUCCGUGUCUUCAUCAUUGUCCUGAUCUCUUUUCCAUCCUCGUUGAUCAUUAAACCAUCCUUAUCCUCGUCUUGAUCUUCAUCCCGAUCUACAUCUUCAUCCUUAUCCAGAUCCUUAUCAACGUCCUUGUCCAUAUCAUCAUCAACUGCAGUGAGUUGUGCAAAGGCCGCUCUUCCAAAAAACAGUGUCUGUUGUAAAGUAACGGACAGAAUACUCAGCCCUGUGGGCCAUUUUGGAAAUGCUAGAUUGACAAUUCCAGUGCAAAAAAACAGGUGGUUGCCUGCGGCCUGCACGCGAGCAGCGUGUAGGUAUGGUUUGCGAGAUGGCCGUAGUUAUUCCGCAAAGUACAUAUGGCUUUCCCGUCCUCACCGCCCUUGCUAGUGGCGGUGGGGGCAAAUCGGGCAAAUUACAGUCCGACUUUCCUGUUGUUUGGUCAUUCCCAAGAACCCUAGGAGGGUCCUCCAGUUUAGCUGGGGAGGACGGACAUGAUGGCAGCACUUUGUCGUUGAAAGAUAAAAAUAAUCAUAAGCGGUUGCAGCAAGCUCUGACAUGUGUUGGAUGCCGGCGGCGCAAAGGCGGCACCUUUCUUAUCCAGGCCUGUGGUUCUGAGCUGGCCAGUUCUGCUUCGGAGGGCCCCAUUUCUGCGUUGGCAUUCCAGACAGCUUGGGUUGGUGGCGGCAAUGACAAGUCAGGUUGCAGGGCCUUGCCUGGUGGAAGCUCUCCUCAUGUCUGCACGACACGGCAUCACUGGCAGUGGCGGCGGCGUAAGCAUGGAAAAGCAGUUUAUGCCACUGCACAACGACAGCAUGUCACGGAUGGAACUGUGGCGGUGCCGAUUGAUUUCUACCAGGUGCUUGGUGCACAGACACAUUUCUUGACCGAUGCUAUUGUCCGUGCAUAUGAUGCCCGGAUUUCGAACCCCCCGACAGAGGGGUUCACCGAGGAGGGGCUGGCAACACGGCUCGAGAUACUGAAGCUGGCGAAGGCUACCCUGACGGACCCUGGCAUGCGCGAAGCGUACAACCAAGGGCUCAUUGAAGAUGAACCGGGGACGCUUAUGGUGGACAUUCCCUGGCAAAAGAUCCCUGGGACGCUCUGUCUGCUGCAGGAAAUGGGCGAAACGGAUAUUGUUUUGGAACUAGGACCUCCUGCCUCACAAAAACGCCUCUCCAAAGACGGCCGGUGCGACCUUGCCCUCUGUAUAGCACUAGCGCAUGUGGAGCUCAGCCGCGGCUUGUUGAGCAGAGAACCACCCGCAGUUGUCGAUGCAUGUGAUGGCCUGCGCGCUGCGCUGGAAUCGCUGCGCUCUGAGGAAGGGGUCACAAUUGCCCCCGAACUCCAGGAGCAAAUCGAAUCGAGUGUUACUCAACUUAUGCCAGCGUGCGUUAUUGAGCUUCUCUCAUUGCCUUUGAAUGAACAAUACGCCGCGCGGCGGAAGGAAGGCUUGGAAGGUCUGAAGGGUAUCCUAUGGGGAAGUGGUGGUGGUGGUGUGGCAGACUUGCCAGCUGUGUUGCCAGGUGGCAUACAACGAGAGCAGUUUAUCUCGGAGGCAUUUGGAGCUAUGACAGCAGAGGAGCAGGUUGCACUGUUUAUGAGCACUCCACAGCACAUACCAGCAGACAGUUGGGAGGUGUACAAUGCAUGCCUGGCACAUGUGGCGGAUGGUUAUCUCAACAAGAAACCCGAGCGCAUCCAGGAUGCCGAUAUGCUUCUCUCUCAGCUUCAGCAGAGCCUUUCGGGUUCAUCGUCCGCGGGCCCGUCAGGAGCUGAGGGUGAUGAUAAGGUGCGGCAAAGUACGACGUGGAACCUGUCCUUGGAGAGGGCAAUGUGCGCGAUGUUGCUUGGUCGGGUUGCGACUGCCAAGGAAAUGCUGGGAAUAGAGAACCCGGACAGUCCGAUUGAGGUCUCGGACGUGGUUGCAAAGAAAGGGGGUGGGGUGGGAAGCUUUGAUCUGGAAAACAGGGCAAUUCGCGAGUUUGUGUAUGAACAGUCGGCGCUAGUGAGGGAGCGAGAGCGUGAAGAGAGUGCCAGAGCCGCAGCUGAGGAUCAUGCCAGAGCCACGACGACCGAGGAUCACGGCAAAACUCCCGUUGGCGAGAAUGCGUCUGAUUCCAACUCGGAUGGAGAAGAAAGCUAUGACCAUCUUCUCCCGGGUCUUUGUAUUCUGCUUGCAAAGUGGCUUCAAGAAACCGUCUUCCCACCGUUCAGGGAUGCCGCCGGCCAACAAGUCAUCCUCGAUGAUUAUUACGAUGACGAGGGGGUGAAGAGAUAUCUGGAAAGGUUGGAUAGGAGGUCGCCACUUGGUGCAGGCGAGGCGCUCGCUGAGGCCGGAAAGGCUCUCAGGAAUGUCCAGAGGUCGGCCGUAGAAACCGUGAAAAAGGUGCUUUCUCUCGGAGGCCCUCACGAAGGCCAGACGACCAAGGAGAUGGGAAACAACUUGGUCGAUAAAACAGGAGCGGAGUCGCUAGAGGUUGGCGAUGCAGACGAUUGGCAGGAGAAGCCUGCAAACCAGGAGGUGGUGGGAAACUUGGUGCGAAAAGACCCCCGUCAAGGCAAUCCUCAGGAACCAGGGAUUGCAUGGCUUGUAAAACCCCUUGCGUUCAUCGUCGCAGGAGGUCUUCUCUACGGUGGUCUUGUCUUGAUGGGCUUAGUACGACAACCCGUCUCUGGAGGAGAAUCGCGUGGCAGGCGAUUCAGCACCUGGUUGGGUGGCGGGAAUGCAGCUGCUGUUGCAGAAACUUGUGCUCCUUCACGAACUGCGUCGAUAUCCGAAGUUACUCGAUCAGGGCGUGCUCUGGACGAUGAUAUUGCAGCAGCCAUCAUAUCGGAAGAAAGGGAUGGCCAAGGUGUGGGAUCUGUGCGGGAAAAGCAGAACGAGCCUAUCGCAAGCCAGUCGAUGACUCCCGCAGUGGCAGAGAGGAUGGUUCGCCGUUGGCAGAUAGUCAAAGCGCGCGCAUUGGGCCCAACCCACCACGUGGAGGCACUGAAAGAGGUACUCGAAGGCCCUAUGCUGUCUCUAUGGUCAGAGCGUGCACAAAACAUGGCCAAGCAUGGCUGGCAUUGGGAGUAUAAGCUGCUUAACAUGAAGAUUGACAGCAUAAAAAUCCGCGAUGGUGGUAAAUCUGCAUCAGUGGAAGCAACACUGCAAGAAGCAGCACAACUACAUGACAAUAAGAAGCCAGACCUGAAUGACUCGUACAGAAGCACAUACUCAGCUCGGUACGAAAUGCGGAUUAUGCCAGACAAAGGUUGGAGGAUCUCCAAAGGGGAGGUGGUGAUUGUCAUGAAAUAAUCAUCACCUCCUGGUCUCGACUCGGCACUCUGAAGUAUAUAUAAGUAUCUAGACGGGUCUCACAGCUUCUUCUAACGCCACAGACGUUGAUGAGUAAGUUCUGAAGCCCUGCAAACUAGCCCACGAACGGUAGCCUCAUCCUACGCUCUGAGCCGUAGUCCUGUGUCUCAUGUUGAUGAUCCAACCUUUCUCACUCUCUCUCUAUCGUACAUGUGCGUGCAUGUGUCUGCGUGUGUGCGUGUGUGUGCAUGUGGGUGGGUGGUUGUGUGUGUGCGUGUGGGUGGGUGGUUGUGUGUGUGCGUGUAUGCGUGUAUGUGUGUGUGUGUGUGUGUGUGUGGGUGGGUGGGUGCGGGUGUGUGGGUGUGUAUGUGUGUAGGUGUGUGUGUGUGUGGGUGUGGGUGUGGGUGUGUGUGUGGGUGUGUGGGUAUGGAGGUGUGUGUGUUUCCAGGGUUAGGUCCUCUCUUCUUGUUUCCCUCCUGUUUGCUUAUGGCAACCUGAGGGGUGGUUUUGCACUUUUGAUUACUUCAAAUUUCAAAAUGACUAGAAGCCUUAGAAGUUAGCGCUGUAAGCAGUUCUUUUUUUUUCAAUCAUUUUAUUUUUAACGUCUUACUGGAAUAGAAAGUAGGACAUUCUGAAGAAGAUCAAGGAGCUAUACAUCAUAUGCCAGGAUUAAAGUGCUUUUGGUUUUACGUAUAGUCUUAUAUAUAUGUAUUGAGUGGGUUUGCUCAAAUUUAAUUUAUAUAUUUUUGGAAAUAUUCCCGCCAUGUGCGGUUGUUUCUUCGUUUUGGUGCGCUCUUCGUGGAGUUUGGCUCUGGUUUCAUUUUCAAAGUUUUCUUUCUUUGUUUGCCUGCAGCCUGCUGGAGACUAAGUUGGCUCCUGCUUCAGUUCUAGAUUUUCUGUAAAAGUCAUGAGAAGCACGGCUCUUUGAGUUUUUUUUUUUUUUUUUGGCAAAUGAAAUCGCUCUGAAACU